UGCAGUAAUGCAAUAGAAAAUCGUCACACUAAAUUACAUUAAAUAUUAAGUUUUAAUUAUAUAAUUUAUGUUGCAGAUAACUUGUAAAAGAAGGUUGAAACAUUAGUAUUAAGCUCACCAAACAAAAAGUGAGUUGUGGGUAUGCCCCUUUAACGUGCCCUUCCCCCCUCUUCCUGUGAGCGUAGUGUUGGAGGAAAAAACAGUUAGCGAUACCAGAGAGGUGAUGUAGCUGUGUGGAUCGAGAACAUUUUCCCUGGAAAUACGGAGGUUUUCUGAUCCAAAGGGAAAUCAGUGACUAUUGAGAGCCUAAGAACAAUAACCAGAGAAGUUUUGGCCAGGUUUUUAGUGUGUGCUUCAGUUGUCGGGAAGAGCUUUCUGGGUGUCGGACGAGGCCUGGAUCUCUCUCUCCCUUUUCUUCGUGCGGUGGCUGCAGACGACCCGCACACACACACACAGGAUAUUGGAUGGCGAGCCUGACCCAUGAGACUCGAGCUUAAAGACUGACAGCAACCGGAUCGACAGAAUACGGUUUGAUAUUGCUCAUAUAGUGAGACAAUUUUGUGUGCUUCUGCUUGCUGCUUUAUGGCAGCAGGAUUCCGGAUUUCCCCUUUUCUGAUCUGAAUUGAACUAUUGAACUGAACUGGAUCAAUCUGAAUUGAACUAUUGAACUGAACUGGAUCAAUCUGAAUUGAACUAUUGAACUGAACUGGAUCAAUCUGAAUUGAACUAUUGAACUGAACUGGAUCAAUCUGAAUCGAACUAUUGAACUGAACUGGAUCAAUCUGAAUCGAACUAUUGAACUGAACUGAAUUAAUCUGAAACUGUUGAACUGAAUCCAAGUUAUUGUAUUGAAUACUGUUAUAUUUCAUGCUGUUGUUGUGUUAAGUGGGUUCUACUCAUACUCAAUUGGUAUUCUGAGUUAAGUGCGAUCUAUUUGACAUUAAUUGUAAGUGUUCCUGUUUAAUGCUUUUUGUUUUAUUAAAAGUGCCGGCUUUCCAUUUAAGGGUCCCUGGUUCUGGUCUCUUCACUGUGCUUUGCUCCACUGCUCCAGCGAACCUAGAACUGGUCCAGUAGCUCAUACAUCUGUCUGAUUGUGACACAAGUGCUACAUAUAAAGUGGCGAGCCAGCCAGGAGCGGUUCAGCGAGUGCAGUGCUAGAGAUCAGAGACCUUCAAAGUGAGUAAAACAUGGAAGUCGUGCAGCAGAGUAAUGUGAAAAUUCCCAAUUCAGUGAUAGUCAGUGGGUUGUCUGGUACAGAAGCUGAUGAAGAACUGUUUGAUUUCCUCAAGCAGUAUGGUUCCAUACAAAGAAUAAUACCAGUAAACACCCCAGGUACAGAUCGAGGUAAGCAGGUCAUCGUGGAAUAUGUACAUGGCACAGCUGUUCAGUCAUUAUCAUCUUUGUUGCCACACAAGGUGUUAUCUAAGACACUGACAGACGUUCUGUAUCUUAUUGAGGCCCUACCUGCUGUAUACACACCAGUAGUCAGUAAGACAGCUACACAGACUUACCUUGCAGAGCUAAGAGACAUAGCCAAACAGACUGGUAAAGAUUUUGCCACUGUUUUAAGAGAAGAACUCACUUCCAUCGGUAAAGCUGUUGACUCUGACAACACAGACACCCAAGCAGAGCACAUGGAACCAGACCUACCUGACACUCCAGACUCACAUGUCCCAGUGGCUGCUGUGCAAGUUAGUUCUCAACCUUGUGGUGCUCCAGAACAGCAGAUUCAGCCACCGGGGUGGAGUUGGUCCCCACCACCAGUGCCUAGCGAGAAAAGGGCAACUGCUCUAAGCUUUGCUGAUGUCAGUCCGCCUGAACUACAGAAGGUAAUAGUGGAGCAUAUAGUGCGGACAGAAGAUGCUGCUACACAGAUGAUGCACAACUCCCCAAGACUCAGGCCUUUUUCUGGGCGGUGCCCUCGUCCCAGCAAUGAAGUAGAUUACGAGACUUGGCGGUCUAAUGUUGAACUUCUUUUAAAAGAUACCAGACAACCAGAUCUUCAGAAGGCACGGCGACUUUUGGAAAGUCUGUCGUCCCCUGCUAUUGACAUAGUGAAACAUCUGACAUUCGAAUCACCUCCCAGUGUGUACUUAGAAAUCCUCGACUCUGCCUAUGGUACAGUUGAGGAUGGUGAUGAUCUCUUUGCAAAGUACCUCAAUACCAUGCAAAAUCAUGGUGAGGAGCCCUCAACCUACCUCCAGCGAUUACAGGUGAUGUUGAAUACCACCUUCAGGAGGGGAGGUGUAGGUGCAGGAGACCUUGACAGACAACUUCUCAAGCAGUUUAUAAGAGGAUGUUGGGACAAUCAUUUAAUAGCUGAACUACAGCUGGAGCAAAAGAAGCAAAAUCCACCCACCUUUGCAGGACUGCUUCUCCUGCUUCGCACUGCAGAAGAUAAGCGUGCUUCCAAAGCAUCCCGCAUGAAACAGCACUUAAGUGCUUCAAGGCCAAGAGUGCUUUCGCACUACCAAGGCGUUGCUCCAUGUAGCCUAGAAACAUACCCUCCGUCACUUUCAGUAGACCACUCUACACCUGAAAUCCAGCAAAUAAAGAAGCAGAUUGCUGAUCUGCAGUCUCAGCUCACACGGUUCACUCAGAAAAGUAGUGAAAGAGCUGAAAAGACACAACCUCUCAAGCUAAAAGCUCCCAACUCAACAACAGUCAAACCCCCGCUUGACAGCUCAAGGUUGCAUAAGAUCCAAGCCCCUGACCAAGUCACAAACAACUCAAGAAACCGACCUAAAGCCUGGUAUUGCUUUAGGUGUGGUGAAGAUGGGCAUAUCAAACCACAAUGUGAAAGUGAACCAAAUCCCUCUUUAGUGGCUUUAAAAAGGAGGCAACUGAAGGAAAGACAACUAGCAUGGGACACUAGGAAAGGGAUCACAGAUUGUGACACUUUAAACUAGAAGCAGUUUCCAUUGAGGGACAAAUGGAGACUGAAGCACAGGUAAAAUGUCCCAAAAAAGGACGACGCUCAUCUAGUGUGCGCUCUAAGAGCAACAGACAUUUGGUAACUUUGCCAAAAGGAUUGGUUGGCGCAAAAUGUACAGCACAGGUGAUCAUAGGAGAUCAAGAAUCUAGCUGUCUACUGGAUACAGGUUCUCAAGUCACAACCGUCCCUAAAUCGUUCUACCAGGAGAACUUGUCCAAAUUACCAAUUCAUCCCUUAAAUGACUUGCUAGAAGUAGAGGGAGCAAAUGGUCAGAAUGUGCCUUAUCUUGGGUACGUUGAAACAACAGUCCGGU